AUGGUCUACUGCCAGAGCUGCGAUCACCUCGAAACGUGGUCUCUGGCUGGAGCUGAGCCAAUUCCUGCUGCUAAGAUUAGUGUUGUCUGCAAAGACCACAAAAACCAAGUCAGCUACUAUAAGGCAUUUGAAACAAAUACACAUGGGUACUUCUAUGCCCAGCUUCAAGGCUUCAAGAUGAGCCAUUCCUUAUUGGAUCACCCGCUCCAGUCGUGCCAUGUGAAGCUGGUUUCAUCUCCACUUGCAAAUUGCAACCUUCUCUCCAAUGUCAAUUAUGGACUCAAUGGCUCCCCGCUCCGUUAUGAAGACAAGAGACUCUAUGGCAAGAGUUUUGAGGCUAUUCAAUUCGUGUUAAAUUCUGUGGUGAGAAUUGUGGUUGGUGCUCGCCUAGAAGCUCUGGUUUGCUUCUUCGUGUUCCUGACAACGUGGGUUUGCCCGGACGACGGUGAAGCUUCGGCAGCCUUCCCAACAGCCGAUUGCAUUGGCGAUGAUGAUAAUCCGGUCAAGUUUGGGAAGUCCAUGUAA